AUGCUGAGAAUAUUCUUCUCCAUCAAGUCACCAACAGUCUGCGCAGCGUAUGAAGAUUUGUGCCAAGCAGCCACGUAUCUCAGGCGAUCGACCGCUGCACGCAUGCUGUUCGAAAUCCAGGACACAGUGAGAAAGAACAGCCCUAUGACUGCUGACGGGGUACAAUUUCUCGAGAUUGCGGUGAGAUUCGGAUCCAGGGUGGAUGGCAUGCUGGACGUUGCCAAGCGUGCGUUGAAGUCUUCAGCGUCGUCAUAUGAACGAUCGCACGGUGACCGACGCGACGCCCAAUGCAUUGAGCAACUAUUUUUCACAGCGGCAGCUCGUCGGGAUACAGCAAUCAUGGAGACUCUCGUCGACGCUCUCGGAUAUUGUCAUCAUGAGACCCAUUUUGAGUCCGAUAGCGCCAUACGGAGGAUAUCUCUCGUCAUGCGCCAAGUCUAUGCCUGGGAUCCCGAGGAAGUCAAAGACGGUUACAACAUCGUCGACUACAUUCAGCUCCUCGUAAAAGGCGGCAUACUGUUACCAAUCAUCCCAGCACGGUGUUGCGAUGAUGGCCGCCCCAAGGUUGCGAUUCGUAACCCUUCAGCAAUUACAAUGGAUGAACUGGUCAUGAUUAGCCCGCCGAACAAGCGAAGAAAACUUUAUUCUGUGGUCCUACGGUACAGCGACCAGCACAGAACGUUUGUAAACAACGCGGGCGUGUUCACGGCAGCGCUGGGAGGAGCCCGAGGUCUGCUGGAUUAUCUUCAGUCACGCAAACAGAACGAUGCCUCCGAGAUACGCGCAACUAUGCAGGAAUGCUUGUUGUUUGCCGCUAGCCUGAACGAUACACAGACUGUAUCGGCCCUGAUAGAACUGGGAGUAGACCCUGGAACUGGACUCCUGUCGCACAACCAAGAACCCUAUCGCAAGGGAGAUUUAUCAUGGAAUCCAAUGAUUGUUGCAGCGGCAGCUGGGAGUCUGGAGACCUUGAAUUUGCUCAGGGAGACUAGCGAUUUGGAUCUAUUCCUGGAGUCGGCUCCUCUCUACGAAAUAUGCCACGUGGAGGAUCCCCAGACCAAAUACUGGGAUGUCGAGGGCAGAGAACUCCGUCGGCUCGAAAACUUGCGCCGACAUCUCCUAUUCAGUCACACGAUUGACUCGGACGCCGUUGUUGCGAACGGUACGGUGAAUAUUCCCAUGCUCUGUCGCAAUGACUUACUCACGCCCGUCUCGAGCUGGCUUAGUCUGGACGAGCAGUCGAGGUUUUUUACCGUCGAAAAGCGGCGUAUCAAGACAAUCGCAUUUGUUCGAACGGCUGCAAUGGUGCACAGAGUUGGCGCCAGAAUCGAUAAAGAGAUAAUCGAGGCGGCUUUGUGCUAUUGCCCGGAGACCUGGCCCUUGCAAUGCACCAAUGUGGCAUAUCACCCAUGUGAUGUCCUGCUGUUGGACGGAUUAGUCGACGCAAAUCUUGACUAUCACGAGAACGAUAUGGAUCUACUCCAACUUAGCAUCCGUGCUCAAUGCAGCUUGGCAGUCGUGGAAUUCCUUCUUAGCAAGGGACUCCGUGUUCAUUCUCGGGCGGCCGUGCAGUCUGGGAACACCAUGUUGCAUGACGCACUGCUCAGCGAGUCUCGCGAUAGGUCCAAGAUCGUGCACCUCUUACUUCGCGAAGGCGCAGACUACCAGCAUAUCUCAGAGGGACUUUCAGUUUUGGAGGCGUCGUUGCACCGAGGCUUCUCGCAGGCGGCCGGCCCUUAUUCAGACUAUUUGGACAUCUUCACCCAUCUUUUUGAGGCCGGUGCUCCGGUCCGACACAGAACACGGCCACAACCCGAGACAUGGAACCCCCUGGUAUGUCAAUUGAUACGUGCCGGAGCGGAAGACGACAUUAUUCUCCGGGUCGUAGAUGCGGGGGCAAGUUUGAAUGAGCAACGCCGUGUAGUCUACAUAUCGAUGCCGCUCAUAGAGGCCAUCUUCGGCGGCCGUGAGAGACUAGCUGAAGAGCUCAUUCGCCGUGGGGCAGAUGUCCAUGCACCAGCAGGUGACGAUGGGGGUUUGACAGCCUUGCAGGCCGCUUGCCGACACGGUAGCUCGUUCCAAUUCAUCGAGUCUCUCAUCAGAGUGCAUGGAGCUAAUGUCAAUGAGCCACCCGGCGAAAAUGGUGGCAAGACUGCCCUUCAGUUCGCCGCAAUGAGUGGAUCCUUGUCUUUGGUAGAGUUCCUGCUCGACCACGGCGCUGACGUAAACGCUUUAAGCGGCAAGUACGAAGGUCGGACGGAUCGGACGCGGGUGCUUGAUGUUGCCGCCUGGCUUGGAUUCCUAGACAUGGCUGAGUUUUUGCUGAAGGCUGGUGGUCGGAGUGGCACCCCUGGUCUUGGUGGAGCCAUUCAUUUGGCCAAAGUAAAUGGCCAUUUUGCGUUGCUCUCGGUCCUACUAGAGUGGGAGAAGCGAAACGGCAUGAGGAUGCUCGAGGAAGAAGCUGAGUGGCAGCAGCAACACCCUGAUGCCGCCAGUGAGAGUGCAAUGCAGCGUGCGUACAUUGGCGCCUGA